AUGGAUUGUGCAUUUGAAACCACGUACAGCCAGGACUACAAAAACCGUUUGGAUAACAGGCGCUUGGCCUUGCUGCACAAGAUGGAUGCUAAUCUUCCGGAAAGCUGUUUUUCACCUCCUAUACCAUGUACGGUUGCAGUUGGAACGGGGGUAGAUGGAAAGAAAAACAUCGACAUAGAGUCGGAAGUCAAACGAAAAGAUUUUCCACAAUGGUGCACGAAUCGUUUCCGCAAAAAUCUCGCCAAAACUCACCCAGAACUGUACGCGGAAAUUGACGCGGAGCGUCCGUGGCAGGAACGUGCCGGCGGUUCACCGCUGAUAUCGAGCUAUCAGCUGGCCUUCGAUCGUUUACCAGAACAGCCAUCCUGUCCAGCGAGCGGCGUGUCAGAAUCUCCCCGCUGGCCAGAUUGGAAAUAUUUUCAGCGAGAAUGCAACGGUGUACCGCCAUGCAGCGGGAAACCUAUCGCAGAUGGUGGUCCAUGUUCUUGUCAACUUUGUCCCCAGGAACAGGCUUCAAGUUCGAACCAGAAACGACCGCCAACGUAUGGGUGCGUGUAUUCCAUAUCAAACAUUCCCAAAAGCUACAUUUCCUCCGGACACUGGCCGGAGAUGGACUGGGAAAAAAGUGCCCCCAACAAGACGGAAUAUCGCGAUCGGGUGGGCCGGCUUGGCGGGGUUAUACAACGAGAGAAUAUUCAUAAUCAUAGCCGCUGCACGCCGACGAGGAACUGUCGACACAAAUUCUUUUUGUGA